UCUAAAUAGUAUAUGUCAUUUUUUUUUUGGUAAAAAUCGGAGGAAUAUGUAUGGAUUUCAGGAGAAACUUCAUCCCCGACCAGACUUUGUGAAAAAACUAGUGGUAGUUGGGGACGGAGGAUGUGGAAAGACAUGUCUACUUAUUGUAUAUAGCCAGGGAUCAUUUCCAGAGAAAUAUGUUCCAACAGUUUUUGAGAAUUAUGUUACGAAUGUUUACUAUGGAUCGAAUAAUAAAAUUGUAGAAUUAGCAUUAUGGGAUACGGCGGGUCAAGAAGAAUAUGAUCGACUUCGACCUUUAAGUUAUCCGGAAAGUGAUGUGGUUUUGAUAUGUUUUGCAAUUGAUUAUCCUUCGAGUUUAGAAAAUGUUACGGAUAAGUGGUAUCCUGAAGUUACACAUUUUUGUCCAAAUAUACCGAUUGUUUUGGUAGGAUUAAAGUCGGAUUUACGAAAAAACAGGAAUGCAAUUGGAUUAUUGAGAUCACAAGGUUUAAAUCCAGUUACAUAUCAACAAGCUGUUUCUGUUGCAGAAGAAAUUAAAUCGCAAUAUCUAGAAUGUUCUUCAAAGGAAAAUGUAGGAGUUAAGGAAGUUUUUGAUCUCGCUAUUUCUUUAGCUAUAAGUAAUAAACGAUUUAAAAAAUUGCGUAAAGGCAUAUGUCAAAUCUUAUGAUUUCUUAAAUAUAUUUUAUAUUUAAAAAUCUUAAUUGGUAUUUGG